AUGGCUAACAGUGAUGUGAAGCUUAAAGAGGCAUGGCCAAGCUCUUUUAUGAUGAGGCCAAGAAUUGCCCUCAAUAUUAAAUCUGUGGAGUAUAAGUUUCUUGAGGAAAACCAGGAUCCAAAAGCCAGCUUCUUCUUGAAUCAGACCAUGUUUCCCAUUUGUGAAUCUCUUGUCACGGUGUACGUUGAUGAGGAUUGGUCUUCUUGCCCUUUCAUCCUCCCCUCUGAUCCUUAUGAUCGUGCCAUUGCUCGCUUUUGGGCUGCCUAUCUCGAUGAGAAGUGGUUUCCUUCGAUGAGAAGCAUUGCAGCAACUAAAAAGGGCAGGCACGAAAGGCGUUGA